AUGUCGGAGCCGCUCAGCGUCGCUGUCAGCGGAAAGGCAUCACCGAGUGCUCAGCCUGAGCUGCGCUACAGUGAUGAUGCCCCCAAGGGCAGCGCGAACGGAUACCGGAGAGCCCCACGAGCACCGUGCUGUGAAGUGGAGCUCGUUAACUUUCCACCCGAUCCUUGGGGUGAUUGCGAGUGGAACUGCUACAACGCAGCCGCAGCUGGCUUUGCAGUAAACAAUGAGCAGUUGGUUUCACAUGGCUCCCUUUCAAAAAUCCCAAACUGGAAAGGGAGGAAAACAAACAAUCAGAUCCGAAAGAAGCUGAUUUUUGGCACUGGAGGAGCCCAACCCCCGAACCAAGAGAAGGGCGAUGAUGCACCGGGAAGGCUCCAGGAGAAGGGGCGAACAGGCAGAUCCCACGCUUGGAAGACAGCUGGAUCUCUCCGGGAGCGCUCCCCAUUCCUUCAGUUCCUGCAGCUGGCCCCCCAGCCCGGCUCACAUUUGGCGACAAGCCGCAGGGCCGGCUGCCGGAGGGUCGGCGCCAGCGUGGAACAGGAUCUGGGUAACCACAUCCGCACCCGGCGACAGGUCGGGGGCCGCGCUGCGUGCCAGAUGGCCCGGCCCAGCCCGGCUCUGAUGGCAGGGGGACCCCAGGCGCUGCCAGGAAGUGACAAAGGGACCUUCGCCCUCGCUGCUUCCGACAGCGCGAGGGAGGCAGACGGAGAGGUGGCAUCUCCGACGGAGACGGCCAUGGGGCCGUGGGCAGUGGGGCUGCGGGCUCCCCGCCGCUCGGCCCCCCGGGCUUCCUGCUCGCUCAGAGCCACCUUUGUCUGCCGGCCCUCCCCCUGCCCCCGCUAUUUCGGGAAACGGCAGCUGAGCCGGAGGGUUGCGAAUUCGCUGGAGCGCAGCGGUGGAGAGCCCCGUGGGCACCCCGGGGAUGGCCCCGUGAAAUCCUGGGGCGGUGAUGUCCCUGCUGGGGGCAAGUGCCAGACCUGUGGCUCCCUGCUCGGUGCCGCCGUGCCGGCUGAAGGCAGCCCCGUGGCACGGGGACGGGAGCGCACGGCUCCUGGUGCUGCUGCCCAGCCCGAACCCAAGGCCCGGCCGCUGGGUCCUGGGGGGUCCCCGCUCUGGAUCCUGCCUUCCCGGCAGCGCAUUCACACUGAGAAGAUCAAGGAGACUUACAUCGGGAACGUUGCCCGUGGGGAUGAGGCAGACUCAGCACUGGAGAGCACUGACACCUCCGAUGGUUGCCGGACCGACAGCGAGGAGCCGCGGCCCCGCAGCCCCCACCCACGGGGGCAUCGGGAGCCCCGGGCUCGUGGCCACCGCAGCCCCCGCACCCCAACACAGAAGGAGAAGGGCACGAGUGUGGCCGGGGGCUCGGGGACACUUUGCCCCCCACCAGCGGGUACAGCUGGCAGCCAGGAUGGGAGGCACACCAGCGAGGCGGUGGGCAAUGGAGAGUCACCAGUCCCCUCCUCGAGGCCCACGGGGCCUUCCCACAACCAAUCUGCCAUCACAACUACAAAAGCCUGCUCCCAGGUGCCUUGCAGGACAAGCGUCCCUGCUAGCAGCCGCCAGUGUCCGGAGCCUGAUGCUGGGGGCACUUCGCCUCAACCUAAGGGUGCGGGGCAGCGGCGGGGGCCCUGUGGCCCUGUCUGGCUCCCGGGGAGCCCCCUGCGUGCCUUGUCCACUAAUAACUGCAUCAACACCCAUGGACAGGGCUGUGGGAGCCGCCCCGAUGGGCUGGCAGCACAACCUGGGGAGACGACCAGGACGCUCAAGGCACAGCAUGAUGGGAACGCAACACCUGGGGAGCCAGCACGGGCAACAAGCCGGAAGGGCAGCGGGGAUGUGGCAUCCUCGGGGCUGAAGCGGCUCCUAUGCAGCCUGAGCCAGAGCACCAAGCAGCGCCUGGGCCGCUUCCGCUGCUACAGCAUGGAGCAGCUGCCCGGCCCUGCACCCAACGGCCCCAGCGUGAAGCGGUCACCCUCACUGCAGGCACUGGUGUCACCGUUCCGCCAGCCCCAAAAAGCCGCCUCCAUACAGAGCCUGCACAGCCUGCUGGGCAGGGCGCCCCGAGCCAAUGCAUACCUGCUGUCCCAGCCAGGGGACGGGGACAGGAAGGCAGCCUCGGGGCCGCGGCACUCGCUGAGCGUGGAGGACAUCGGUGCACCCGACCGGCCGCGCACGGUGGGGCGUGUGGUGGAGGUGUUCCCCGAUGGCACCAGCCUGCUGGAGAUAGAACGGCCACCACACGGCUCCUUCGGCUUCCAGGUCACCUCCGGGCACGGCCGGCCCGACACAGGUGUCUACGUGCAGGAGAUGGCGGACGCGGGCACGGCCAAGCUGUACGCGGGGCUGCUGGGGGUGGGCGAUGAGAUCCUGCAGGUCAACGGGGCUGCUGUGUCGGGCCUGGGGCUGGCACGCAUCCGGGAGCUGCUGCUGCAGGCAGACAGCCUGGCCCUGCGUGUGCUAAGGCAGCGCCCGGCUCGGCGGUAGCGGCGUGGCUCCAGGAGCGGAGCGGUCUGCAGGUGCUGCCGGAGUCCUGCACGGAGCUAAAAUGCAAUAAGGACCUCACCAAGACAAAGGGCCUGGAGCUGCCCUGCUUAUGCACAGUCCCCUGCAGGGAUGGGGACAGCAGGGCACCCUGGGAGGCAACGUGGGACCAAGGACCUGCCCCUGGCACGGGGACACCUCGGCUCUCCGGCCCUGGAUUCUCCCUGCCUCAGCUGGAAACCUCUGCCUGUGAGCUGGUGGGUUUCUUUUAAAUUAUUUCAAACUGCAAAAAGAAAAAACAAACCACAGAACUGUAAAUAUAUAUAUAUGUAUAUAUAUAUGCAAUGACAACACGUGGUGUUGUGUGUGUAUAUAUGUAAUGAACGUACUGCGGGUGGCACACGGGCCGGGUGGAUCAGAGCAGAGCAGGCGGGGG